GUUGCUUGGUAACAUUCUAGUCCAAAUUAGAUAAGGAUAGAAUAAUAAUAAUAAGCAAUAAAAAGACAUACACUCAUCGGUUGAUUACUUUGCAAGAUUCUGUCCUUCGUAUAUUAAGAAUUUUGUUAUUUAAAGUUUAACGUAUAUUUUUGAUUUAUCAUUAGUUCAAAACAAUCUCAUGAACACAGUCUUUUUGAACAAGUCAGGGAAAGGUCGACGCAAACGUCAUGCCUCCAAUAAAAAGACUUUUCGUAAUUUUUCCUCAAAAAAGUCUUUAGACAAGCGCAAUAGCAGGAAAAAGCGCAUUUCCUUCGAUCCUCGAGGUAAUCGAGUGCGCCUUGUUCCCACGCCCCCUAAGUCGGAAUACAAGAAUUACUGGUUCAGCGAAUCCAGUUGCAUUAAUCGAAAGGGCCUCCAAAUUGAAGUGGAGCCAAAUAUUACCAUAGAAUUAAAUAUACAAUGUCGUAUGCAAUUGACAUCGUUGGCCCAAUCAUCGACACUGUCAGAUGUUCCUCAUUCGAAUUCACGGGGUUUUCUGGAGGUAAAGCAGUUGUUUCUGUCCCUCUUAGGGUCCGCAGUUGAGCAAAAUUGGCAUUGCGUUGGAUCUGUAUGUCCAGGAAGUCUAGAAAAGAUAAAUGUAGUAUUGCCUGAAGGUUUCUAUCAUCUACGCUGUCUUGGAAGAAAUCCUAUUCAAGUCUUUGCUCAAGUGUGGGAUGUAGAGCGGGAACUACGAUAACCAGUCUUUUUAUCUAGAAUGCAAGUGCAAGGUUUUGGAACAGUGUAGUUCACGAGUGAGCGAUCACCUGUACUCAAUCUUAGAAAUAAAAAAAGAACUCUUAGAAUUUGUGUUUAUUUUACAGUACUCGCCAAAUAAGAAGGGUGCUCUUUUUCGAAUAACUAUAACAAUAACCAUGAUAA